AUGGACAACAAACUACCAACGCCGAAGAGUCUGUCAUUUUAUGGCAACGUAUCGGAGAACUGGAGAAGAUGGCUACAACAGUACAGACUGUACAUGACCGCUACUGCGGGAGAUGAGCUGACGGAAAAGAAACAGUGUGCAAUGUUUCUAACCCUGGCAGGUGAGACAGCUGUUGAAAUUUUUAAUAAGAUGACAUUUGAAGCAAAUGAACAGGACAAAAUAGCGUCUCUCAUAGAAAAAUUUACGAAUUAUUGUUCACCGAAGAAAAACGUAACUUACGAGCGCCACGUGUUUAACUCGAGAGCGCAGAAGAGUGAUGAAACAUUCGACGAGUUUCUAACAGAUUUGAGAAUUUUGCAAAAGAACUGUGAAUUUGGUGAAUUGAAAGAUGGCAUUUUAAGAGACAAAAUUGUUGAAGGAAUCCGGAAUGAUGGACUUCGAGCGAGGUUAUUACGUGAAGGUGACCUGAGUCUUCAAAAAUGCAUUGAUUUGUGUAAAGCAGCAUCCAUGACAGAGAAACACAUGAAAACAUUAGCCCUAACUGAAAAUAAAGAACAGGACGUUGACUACAUCAGAUCAAGAGGUAAAUCGAGAUCUAGAGGAACCGGUAGAAAUUCUGGUCGGGGGUCGUCUCGAAAGGUAAAUACCGAGCAUACAGAUGGACAGAAGUCAAGAUCAACCACGUGUUCUUACUGUGCGAUGGUACAUAGAGGAAACUUAUGUCCAGCGAGAGGUCAAACGUGUCGAUUAUGUGGGAAAAGAAACCAUUUUGCGAAAGCCUGUAAGUCUAAACAGAAAAAAGCUACAGACAAGACAACUCAGCAAGUACAUGCAGUGGAGAAUUAUGAGCAUGAGCUAUUUAUAGACUCUGUUGAAUAUGUCACAUCAAAUGUGUGGCUAGCACCACUAGAAGUUCAUGGAAACUUGAUACCUCUGAAGAUUGACACUGGAUCCGAUGUCAACAUUAUUCCAAAAGAAGAAUUUGAUAAACUUCGAAAUAAGCCAAGGAUCCACAAAACGAAAGUGAAACUAACGGCAUACAACGCAGGACAGAUAGAGGCUGUAGGACAAUGUGUGUGCGAAGUGAAGCAUAAAAACAAGAAAUAUAAAGUCCUAUUCAUUGUGUGUCCAGGAAAUGUCAAGCCCAUCAUUGGAAGAAAGAGCAGUGAGGCUAUGGGACUGGUUAAAUUAGUACUCUCGGUAGAAAGGAAACAAAGUAUUGUGAAUACUGAUCACAUACAGAAACCGAAAGUGAAAGUAGAGCAACUCAGUAAGGAGAGCAUUGAAGAAGACUACUCAGAUGUAUUUCAAGGAUUAGGUUGUCUACCUGGAAAGGUUUCGAUUAAACUUCAACCUAAUUCAGAGCCAACAAUUGAUUCAUGUAGAAAACUACCUUUCGCGCAGCAUGAUCAAGUAAAAAAGGAACUGGAUCAAAUGGUAGAGAUGAAAGUUAUAGAAAAGGUAGAAAAACCUACGGAAUGGGUCAGCGCUUUGGUUAUUGUACCCAAACCCAAUGGAAAACUCAGACUCUGCUUGGAUCCAAGGAACCUGAACAAAUACAUCAGGAGAGAACAUUUCAAACUUCCCACAAGGGAGGAAAUUAUGUCUAAGUUUGCUGGAGCCAAGGUAUUCUCAAAAUUAGAUGCCUCAAGUGGUUUUUGGCAAUUACAACUAGAUGAGGACAGCUCAGAUUUGUGCACCUUUAUAACGCCUUUUGGAAGAUAUCAGUUCAAGAGGUUACCCUUUGGAAUUUCAUGCGCACCAGAGAUGUAUCACAGAAAUAUACACACACUAUUUGAAAAUCUCUCAGGAGUAGACACCUCCAUGGAUGACAUCAUUAUAUGGGGAACAUCUGUAGAGGAGCAUGCUGCACGUGUCAGACAAGUGCUUGAAGUAGCGAGGGAAUCGAACCUCAAACUCAACCCUGACAAGAGUGUGAUUGGAGUACAAGAACUAACAUUCCUGGGUGACACUAUAACAUCAGAAGGAAUCAAGCCCGACAACAAGAAAGUUACUGCGAUUGUCGAGAUAUAG